AUGGCUCAGAGGGUCAACUCUUGCAACUUUGAGGACAGUUUCAGCGACAUCGACAUGGAGGAGCUCGAUAGCUACCUCACCUCGCCACCGGAGAUGUUGAGCGGCGACAGCCCGACCGACGACGCUCGCGCCGCCGCCCGAGCGCGCCUCGCCGCCCGCGCGGCGCACGUCGAGGGCGGCCUCGCCGCCGCUGCCGCCGCUGAGGCUGCGGUCGCCUCCGUCGCCGCCGGCCGCGGCGGCGACGAGCUCCGCCCCGUCCUCUCCAACCUCUCCGCCAACGUCCCCGCCAAGACCCCGGCGCCCCGCGCCGGGUUCAAGCGCCACCACAUCAUCUCGCCCCCCAUGAAGAACGCCCGCGUGAAGAACGACGACGGCCUCGGCGUCAACGUCGCCCGCGCCGCGCGCGAUCUGUGCGGCGACCUCGGCGAGCCCAAGGAGUCCCUCAUGCGCCGCGCGCUCGAGGUCAUCGGCGUCGUCGAGGCUAACGACAUCGCCAUCCAGGUGUACCGCAUCGAGGGCGAGGGGGGCCAGAUGACCUCCGACGGCGCCAGGCGCAGGACCCCCGGCGGCGUCUUCUGGGCGCUCCUCAGGGAACGCGUGACCAAGGAGGAGUGGGCCGACAUCUUCGCCGAAGAGAAGGAGGUGCAGCGCGAGCGGUGCAGACGCAGGCGCCGCGCGGCGUCGGCCGCGGCGUCGCUCGCGGGAUCCCCCACCUUCCGCGAAGGUUUCGGCAAGGGUGGGGGCCCCGUCGCGCCCGCCUCUUCGUCGUUGAAAACUCCCGCGCCAAUCGCGGCGGCGGCGAGGCUCGCCGCCAACGCCGACGCCCCCGCGCGCGCGACGAUGGCGAGCAAGCUCCGCGAUACCGCCGCCGCCUUCGCCACCGCCGUCGCCGCGACGCCGGCCGCCGCGCCCGGGUCCUGGGCGGCUCGCGCGAGAGCCCCGCCGGCUUUCUCGCGAGCGCAAUCCGCGCCCGCGGCGGUUCUCGCAUCCGCCGCUAAGAAAGCCGCGAAGACGCCAGCCGCCGCCGCUCCCGCCACCCCCGCCACCCCUUUCGGCGUCGUGACCCCCGAGAACGACCCCAACGCGAGCAAGGGCGGGUCAUGGGCGCAGCGCGCGCGCGCAGCCGCGGAGGCUGAGGCUGCCGCCGUCGAGGCUCGCAAGAUUGCCGCGUACAAACAGAGGUUGGCCAAGCUCGACGCCAAGCCGCUCGCGGCGGAGGCGCCCGCGCCGCCCGUCGUGAACGUCGAGGCGCCCGCGCCGCCCGUCGACGCCAUGGAUGCCGACGUCCAAGACGGGGAGGAUUGGGCCGCGGAGAUGGAGACGGAGGACGCGGGCGCGAUCGCCGCGGGCACCCCGGCGGCCAACCCGUGGGCGGGGAUGGCUACGUUUGCGUCCAUGGUUCGCGCGUGAUGAGAGUUGACGACGAAUUCGACGACGCGACGCCUCGGACCGGGGGGAGGAGAGAAUUCGGGGGAGGGGACACACGCGCGACGAGAGUCUGACGACUGUACCACCAACGGAAGGGCCUUUUCAUUGUGAUCAGAUUCGAAUCGUCUCGCUGAUGAAA